CUCCUCCUCCUCCUCCUCCUCCUGGCCGGCGCUUGCUGCCUGCCUGCCUGCCUGGGACGGAGUGCAUGGUCUUCCGGCGGCUCCUCUCUGCGCCUCCCUUCUCUCGCUUGGCCGGCUUGGCCUGACCCGACGAGCCAGAAGCGGCAGGAGCGAGCGCGAAAAUGUCAUCGGACAUAUCAUUAGACAUCAACAUCAAAGAGCCUCGCUGGGAUCAAAGCACAUUUAUUGGACGAGCGAGCCAUUUCUUCACUGUGACUGAUCCAAGGAAUAUUUUGCUAUCCAAUGAACAGCUGGAAAAAGCAAGGAAAAUUGUUCAUGACUACAGGCAAGGUAUUGUGGCCCCCGGAUUGACAGAAGAUGAUCUUUGGAGGGCAAAAUAUAUCUAUGAUUCAGCCUUUCAUCCAGAUACUGGUGAAAAGAUGGUUUUGAUUGGUCGCAUGUCUGCUCAGGUGCCUAUGAACAUGACUAUUACAGGCUGCAUGAUGACUUUUUAUAGAACUACUCCAGCUGUGGUCUUCUGGCAGUGGAUUAACCAGUCGUUCAAUGCCAUUGUAAAUUAUACCAACAGAAGUGGAGAUGCUCCAAUUACUGUCAGCCAGCUGGGAACAGCCUAUGUUUCUGCUACCACAGGUGCUGUUGCAACUGCUCUAGGACUAAAUGCACUAACAAAGCAUGUCUCACCUCUUAUAGGACGUUUUGUUCCUUUUGCUGCUGUCGCUGCUGCUAACUGCAUCAAUAUCCCAUUAAUGAGACAAAGGGAACUAAAGUAUGGUAUUCCCAUUACAGACGAAAAUGGAAACCGACUGGGUGAAUCAUCCAAAGCUGCUCAACAGGCCAUAGUGCAGGUGGUUGUCUCGAGGAUCCUUAUGGCUGCUCCAGGCAUGGCCAUUCCCCCUUUCAUUAUGAAUUCUUUGGAAAAGAAAGCAUUUUUAAAGAUCAGCACAACUGACAGAGCCCUUCAGUGACCGCUCAGUGUUCUUUGACACCGUCAUGACUCUCUUUAUGUUUUCCUGCUCCUCCCUGCCCCCUCUCUGCCUCAAGGACUGUGAGUUCAGGUGAAUCAUUGCUCUUCAGUUAGUUAAUCAUAAAGACUUGGUAUUGAUCAGCCCUAACUCCAUUGAGCAAUGGACAGCACUUUUUAACAAGCAGUUUGUGCAUGUCAUCUUGAAGCUCAUCACUUGCCAAAACCAUGACACCAUCUGCAGUGUGCUUUAUUAAUGUGUUCAUUUAGUUCUUUCUCCACUGUUCCAGAUAACAAUUCUUGUUUGCUUUAACCCAUGUGCAAUGUUUUUGAAAGACUGAGAAGAAGAUGGAGAUUCUGUUUUAUGCCUACCUUUCUUUGAAACCUAUCAGAGAAGUACCAUCCUCCAUUUUCAUGAUUUAAGGCCACUCUGGAAGGCAAUUUUGAUAGCACUUCUUUAAUACCUACUUCAUCAGUUUAGCUAUAGAGCCUUUGCUGAGUCAUAAAAACUGUGGAGACUUAUGGCAAAAUGCUACAUUUAAAAAGUCACAGUGCAAAUAGGUAGGAAUAGUAAUAGUAUCCAUCCUGGGCUCUAUUUUAUCAUGCAGAUUGACAUAAUGUAACAACACUGGGGGGGGGUGCAGUCAAGAAAAAUAACGUAAAAUUCAGUAUCACCAUAUUCUUUUGUUCUCAUUCCUGGAUUUAAAGACAGUACAAAAGUCAUUUCUGGUUUAACUUUAUCAUAUCAAAGGUAGUAGUGAAAAGUGGAUCUUUGGGCAGAUUCACACUUCCUUCUGCAUAGCACCCAUAUGAAAGUCCAGACAUACAGAAUAUACAUGUCAGUUUCCAACAGUGUUUAUGUGGAAGUUUUCAACUACUGUGAACAAGCCUUAUAGGAACAAUGGAAUUGAAAAUACCACUGACCCGCUAGUUUAAAGCAUUCUUCUUUGCCUGGCUCCUAGUGUUCCCAAAUGUGGAAACGUAUGCAAGUGUGUCCACAAAUCGUAGCAUAUUGGAACAGUGUGAUGGGCAAGUGUAGGCUACAUAUAGGCAACUUGGAGGUUUAAAGGGUUGUUUGCUCAAAAAUGGCUUCUGGGAUGUGUGAAGGGCAUAUCUACCUUAGUUGAAGACUCUUGCCCCAGAAUGCUCUCUGUGGGUGGGUGACGAGAGAUAUUUCCAUAAUGUUUUGGGAGACCUUGGGGGAAGUCUUUUUUGAAACAGGAAGUGACUUCCACUCAUCUGCUGUUGAAAAAGGAAAGUGCAAAAAAAAACCAUGGUAAAAAUACAUGCUAUACCCUCUAGAGAAGGACAUUUUGGAGAGAGGGGGACUGUGGUGAGUGUGGCAAACAAUUUGUUGCUCCAAGGUCUGCUGGGGCAAGAUGUGAACCCAUGGCUUUCCACUUAACCAGCCUUGAUGUAAAGACCUAAAGUUGUCAUUUACCAUUGCACCCUAAAGGCAUUCCUUUAGGAAAACUCUUUUUCAUGCUACAAAUGUUCUAAUAAAUUUGAAAAAAUUGUUGAGUUCAUAACCAAUCCUGAGAAAUCCGCAGCUGAGUUCUCCUAUACUCUUACAUGCCUAACUAUAUAUUUUAGUUGCUUUGUUUAUGCUAUUAUUUAAAUCUUUAUAAACAAUUAAUUAAUUGAUUACUUUGUAUUUUGUCUCUUGCACUGUCAUGUGCACCCCAAUUGCAUGGAAGUUUGUGCAUGUGCACUUCCAUUAAAUUCUUUCACAGCAGUAAUAUUAUAGUCUAGCGCAGGGUCUGAUCUGUCAUUUUCUAAAAUUACAAACACUGCAUUGAUUUUAAUUGUUCUUGAAAAGCUUGAUAUGCCUUGUCAAUCUUUCAUUUAUUAUGUUUUAGAACAAAGUCUGACCCACUUUAGAGUUUUUGUAUCUCUUGAAGUGUUCUAUAUAAAUUUCCUCGCACUGAAAAGAAAGCAGUUGCUGCCAUAAUCAACUCCAUUCCUGAGAAUGGAAAAAAGUGGGACUGCUCCUACUUGAACUGAAGACCUCUGUUAGAUCUUUUUUUUUCCUCACUAAACCAUUUAGGCUGCACUCUCACCAGAGAAUAAGCCCCAUUGAACAAAGCUGGCUUACCUCUGGUAGAUGUAUAGUGUAACAGUAAAAUCCUAUACUUAAAAAUACAAGCUAGGAGACAGUAGGAGAUUGAAAUAACAUAAUGGCAUCUUUUUCUCCAACUAUAACUCCAGGUGCAGCUGGUGUAUAG